CGCUCAGUUUCGAUUCAAGUGUCGGAACGCUCGGAUGCUCUUGCCUUGAGCACUCUCUCCCGGGCUCGCGAAGUGUGGUUUCCUGUUUGGUCCUGGGGACUUGGUUGGAUUUUUGGACUUGCAAAUUUUAUCAUUCGAAGUUUUGAGUGGCGAUUGAAAAAAAAAAGUUUAUUCAAUUGUGGGGUCGAAAAAUCGAAUAAAGUUUUCGUGAUUUUCUGGUUCAGUCUUUACGCAGUUAUCUUCGAUAAGAUAAUAAAGUAAACUGAAGUCGAGGGAUCAGACAAUGUGAAAGCUGCGUAACGACGGAAUGCUGUUAGUUGAUCCAGUCAGGAUUAUCACGGAUGCCGGCUUGAGCAACUAAAGUGUGUAAAGUGUACAGCAAGUUUUGCACUAAAAAUAAAAUCAAACUUCAGUUCCUACUUCAAGACAAACGAAGAUAUGCAUAAAAAAGCCAAUUCAGAACUUACUUGUGAGAGUCGUAAAAUGUGGUAUAAUCGAUUGGUUUGCAGUGAAGGUAACGUUUAAUGGUGAGACAGAGAAAAAGAAGAAAGAAAACUUUCUCCCCUAUAACCCUCACCUCAAUGGAAAUUUCUACUGCCAUCAAAAAGCUUCAAAGUGAUAGUGUUGUGAAUCUUUCUCAAAAUGAAACAAAAGUUUACAAUAGUUCCUAAACAAAUUUAAAGAGCUUGCAAGUGAAUCUGGUUAAGUUGCAUUUAUAUUUAAACUCAGUUUAAGUGAGCCUACGAGAAGAACUGAUUUCGCACGGUGAACCGCCGCAAGUUUCGCUAGGCCACGUGUUCGGUGGUGAUGAUGCCGCCGUGUUACUUCCGAGUGUCCUGGCGAACGCAACGGCCGCAAAAACGACGACCCCGGGACUACUGAGCGCACUCAGUGAAACCGUUGCAGCCGGCUACUUGAGCGUAACGGGCGGUGUAGACCACGAGCAGCAACAGCCCGGAUCAUCCGUGACGGAUGGCAUCACGACCGCUGCAGACUUGGGCAGCAGAAUCGGUCGAUUGGUGUUGAACGCCAGUGUCACCACCGGCCAGGGCUUUGAAGAUGAGUUCUUCAAUGGCAGUGGCAGCAGCAGCACCAGCAGCUUCAACGAGUCACUCAACGACAUGCCACAGAUUCCGGAGUACAUCCGGGCGACCUCGAUGGUGUUCUGCAUUAUCAUCAUGUGUUUGGGUGUCAUCGGAAACAUUAUGGUGCCCAUUGUCAUCCUCAAGACGAAAGACAUGCGCAACUCGACCAAUAUCUUCCUAACGAACCUAAGUAUCGCGGAUCUGCUGGUGCUGCUCGUCUGUACGCCAACGGUUCUGGUGGAAGUAAACUCACCACCCGAAGUAUGGGUGCUGGGAGAGGAAAUGUGCAAAGCGGUCCCAUUUGUGGAGCUGACGGUGGCCCACGCGAGCGUCCUGACGAUCCUGGCGAUAUCCUUCGAGCGGUACUACGCCAUCUGUGAGCCGCUGAAGGCCGGCUACGUGUGCACCAAGACGCGGGCGUUGUUGAUCUGCCUGGCCGCGUGGACCGUGGCUGCCAUCUUGACGAGGUAAGUUAGGAUAAUGGAACGAAUUUUGUAAGUUGACUAAUACGAGAGAUUUGUUUAUUGUAAAGUAACUCACAUUGCAUGCCUUAAAUCACUGUUGAAUUCUAUUAAUUAACAAUAUUUACUCAUCUUGUGUGUACUUGGUGUUUGCCUAUUGUAUGCAUGUAAUGUAUAUUGCUUUCACAAAUGUAUAAACUGUAAGCUUGUAGUCUUCAUUCGAUAUCUUUCAAAUUAACUUCUCAUCUAUCUUCUCAUUGCAACAUUUUCAACCGUUUACAAGAAAAACAAACUCCAAGCAAAAAUAAAUGAACUUUCCAGCAUCGUCGUGUCAACCGACUUGAACGAUUUAAAUUUAUUGCACCAUUCUGCUCAGUGAACUUUCCACGAGGAAAAUAAUCACGUGGGAAAAU